UCUCUCUUCUUUCUCUCUCUAGACCGCUUUUUAGCUUUUGUUGUAGUUGUGAAGAACUCAUCUCUUCGACUCUUUCUCCGCUCACCAGCGAGAGCUUUCGUCUGUGACUGAAUUCUGAAGCUGCACAAACUGAUUACAAAAACAGAAUUAAAAAAUCAUGUCUUCCCCAAGCAAACGCCGAGAGAUGGACCUGAUGAAGCUUAUGAUGAGCGAUUACAAGGUGGAGAUGAUUAACGAUGGCAUGCAAGAGUUUUAUGUGGAUUUUCAUGGACCGAAUGACAGUCCUUACCAUGGUGGUGUGUGGAGGAUUAGGGUGGAGUUACCAGAUGCUUAUCCUUAUAAGUCGCCAUCAAUUGGUUUCGUUAAUAAGAUAUAUCACCCAAAUGUCGAUGAAAUGUCAGGAUCAGUCUGCUUGGAUGUAAUCAAUCAGACCUGGAGCCCUAUGUUUGGUAAAAUAGCUUAUUCUACCUUCAAUUAUCCAUUAUGUUGGCUUCCGUGUUUCACAGAUCUGGUAAAUGUGUUUGAAGUGUUCCUUCCACAACUUCUAUUGUACCCGAACCCAUCAGACCCAUUGAAUGGAGAGGCUGCUGCUCUGAUGAUGCGUGAUCGAGCUUCUUAUGAACAAAGAGUAAAAGAAUAUUGUGAGAAGUAUGCCAAACCUGAGGAUAUUGGAGCCAAGGAGGAAGAAAAAUCCAGUGAUGAAGAGCUGAGUGAAGAGGAGUAUGACUCCAGUGAUGAGGCAGUGGCUGGCCAUGCUGAUCCAUAGUGCAUAGGUGCAUAAAUACAUGCCCCAUUUAACUGUCUGUAUUUGUACAUUGACAUUAUAGUUGCAGGUAAAAGUAAGCCUAAAGUCUCUAGUUUUAUUUAUUUGGGGAAGAAGGGUCCAGUUUCUUCUGUUCAUUAGUUUUAAUUGUCACUGUAAAUAAAUUCAAGCUUCAUGUUGUAAUC